AUGUUCAUGCGGUACUUUUUCGAGGAAGACCGCACUGCAGUGACGCUGGGGACAGUGGUUGAGGCCGAGCCCGCGCUGCCACCGUUGAGUGCGCACAUCUUUCUGAAAGACAAGGCAUCGUAUCUUGUUCUCGCAGAUGACGGGGCAAGACGCAAUGAUGAGUUCUCAGAAGAGUUCAGCGAGAGAAUCAAACAAUGGAGAAUCCGGCAGCAAAAGGAGGGAGAGGGCAAGACUGUAAGAAUGAACCUGCAAGAAGCCUUUCGUUGA